GUUUUUAUAAUCAGCCUUCCAUGGCAAGGUUUAAAAGCUGCCACAAAGAAGCAGAAAUAUGACAAAAUAUGUGAGAAGAAGGUAUCAACUCCUAUUGAGGUUCUAUGUAAAUCACAUCCAGUGGAGUUCGGAUCAUACUUCCAUUAUUGCCACUCGUUGACAUUUGAUCAGCGUCCUGAUUAUGGAUUCUUAAAGCGUCUGUUCCGUGAUUUAUUUGCUCGUGAAGGGUAUGAAUUCGACUACAUAUUUGAUUGGACAAUCAUAAAGUACCAGCAGGCACAGAAAAGUAGAUCUCAGCCUCGAUUGUCUCCAGCUCCAGGGGGUAGCGCUUGUCAUGCAUUGCCAGGGGAUGCGGACAAUCAUCAAGGAGGCUUAAAUGCUCCUUAUUCAGCUGAUGUGACAGAGCAUGUUAGAUCAAACAACACCACAGGUCCAGCUGUGCGUAUGCAAUUUAAAUCAGUAAAAGGAAAGAAUCUGGUUCCUGACAAUCCUGCCGACAAAAAUAUAUUCAAUGAUGCUCACAUGUCUUCUAAUUCAUUUUCACACUCUGGCCCUUCAAAAAGAAAUACACAGAAACCCUUGUUGCCCACUGAAGUUGCCAAUCCUGGACAUGGACAUGGAAACAAAGUUGGGCCUUCCGGUAGCUGGAUGUCUUCAUUUCAGCGCAUUUCGUCAGCGAAAUGAUGAUGAAUGAUGAUGAUGAUGAUGCUAUGGAUGUGGUGAUGAAGAUUCUAGUGAUACAUCUAUGGAGUCAGCAAUUUGUGAUAAUUUGAUGUUAUGCUUUCUUGCUACGUGUGAGAAGUUUCUUGUGAUGCAUUAAUGGAGGCUGCAGAUAUCCUCUGCCAAUUUGAAGAGAUAUUAUUGUUCCCCUAGAAUUCUAGUUUGCAUAACUUUUUAAGGUGACUAGAAAAAAUUGGUGGUUUAUGAACUAUAGAUACCUAAAGCUUGUUUCUUAUGGUGUACAUCGAUGUCAUUAAUGACCAUAAAAAUCUUGUAUUAUUGGUUGUAUGAUACAAAAAUGCUGCCUAGUUUGCAGCGACUAGAUCAACUAGUGUAAAGUUGAUUAGCGUUUUACAAAGAGCCAUGUCGAUCUAUAAAGCUCAGGAGUUAUUGGACUUCUUAUUUCAGUUUAGCAGGCACAUUUCAUGCUCAGACCUAAGUGUAUUUUAUGUUUUUUCUUCUCAAUUCAAGACAGGGAGUGUAGUUUCUGUUCCUUUUUGUGGAUUGGUAUUAUGGAUCCUUCUUUUCUUUUCCAUUUUUUUUUUUCUUUGAAAACAAUUAUUAAAUGGUAAAUUUGUUUUCAUAUUGUGCUGCACUCCUGCCUGUAUCUGUUGCAACUUUCUUUCAGGUUUUUGUUUAGUUUUAUCAAUUUAUGGUUGGGUGAGAAGUGCAUGUCAGAUCCCACAAUAGCAAUUUUCGGUUACAUCAGCUUCUAUUGAACUAUUUGUUUAUACUUUGUAAUUUUGCAGGAUUCUUUCAUGGAUGCAGUGUUUUUUUUUGGGGGUGGAGAAGGAAGAUGAUUCAACAUAUGCCUUAAGAUUCUAACCAGGUGCAGACAGCAUGUGGGCUAGGGAACACAAUGUAAAGGAACAGUUUAUGGUUGAUGUAUUGACAAGAUCUUCAAUUCCUCAGAAAUGUGCAAUGUAAAGUUGAAUUCUACUUUAUAAUAAACUCAAGAUUUUGAAGCUGGUCAGUCUCUUACAAGGAGCGUGUGACCCCUAGAAUCCAGGGUGUGUUAAACUCGUGAAUGGACUGGUGGUAAUGCUGAGAGGAUUUUGCUUCCAGCAGCUGCUUGCAAUCAUUGGAAAUUAAUGAGGAGUAUGUGAGAAGUAUUGUUUUCCUUGCCUUGUGAACAAGAUGGUCAACGUGCUUGGGGUCUGCAGAUUUCUGAAGAGCUUUGUAUGCCAGACUACUUGGGCAUAAUUCAUCUUUUUGGAACAGUUGGGAGAUACAACAUUCCCUGGAAUUGUUUCCAAUUGAAUUUCAUUGCUUUCUUUUGUGUGUUUCUUGAUACUAUAUUGACAUCUACCAGAAAUAUUGCAUACAGGUGUGAAUCUUGAGAGGGUUUGGUGUGUUCAUGAAUUAAUUUAAAGUGCUCCAAUGGGAAGACCUUUCUGACCUCUACUCUUGAGGCCAGAAUUCAACCGGAAAAAGAGGCAGCCAUGGUAAAGAUCCGGAACACAAGCAUAGCAGUUAAUGUUUAUUUUAGUAAGAUUUCUCUUCAGGAUUUUGCAGGGGAUGCAGUUGCUUUUUGAUAUUGAUUUCGAUUUUCUUAGCAAAGAAUAAAACAAAUAUGAAAAU